UCUACCUGUCUACAGCUCCCACAGGGCGUGGUUACUUUGUAUUUGUUGACAAUUUAAGCGAGAGGCAGAAGUUAGAAGCUCAGUUCAGAUUGCUGAAGAGGCAACACAACACAUCUCCAACAUGUUUAAGUCUAUGAGUUUGUCCUCUGAAGGCUCCUUCGAAGAUGCGGACUCGGUCAGCUCCGACGAGCUGCUCGGCUCUCAGUCCCGCCGCUGGCUCAAUGACCUCAUGGCCAGGGACAUGCCCGUGGAGGACGGGCACGUCAACUCGGUCGGCGUGGACGGACUGUUCGUGGACUAUCACUUUCCCCGGGGAGAGCUGGAGAUGAAGUCCGGGGUGGAGUGGAAACGACCAAAGGAGCUCUGCACAUCACCUCAGUUCAUAGUAGAUGGAGCUUCUCGUCUGGAUGUCCGCCAGGGAAACCUCAACGACUGCAUAUGGAUGCUUUCUGCCAUCAUAACUGCAUCACUUUCUGCUGAGAAGUGACACUUUCAGAAAGAAACUCAAAUGCCUCUUGGACAGGGCUUCCAGAAAGGAUACAACGGCUGCUUCAUGUUCAGGUUCUGGCAGUAUGGUCAGUGGGAGGAGGUGAGGAUAGACGACUUGUUGCCAACUCGGAACAACAAACUGAUCUAUCUCAGCUCCCCGGACAGACAUGAGUUCUGGAGCUCCCUGCUGGAGAAGGCCUACGCCAAGGUGAAAGGUGGCUACAGAGCUCUGGACAUGGGCUAUCCUCAUGAAGCCAUGGUUGAUAUGACGGGUGGGGUGACUGAGGUUUAUAGCGUUGGCACAAAGAGAAACCUGUCGUCCUUCCUCAGAAACCAGCUGGCUAAAGGAGCACUCAUCAACUGUGCCAACUGCCAGGGUUCUUUGGAAAAAAAGAAUGAAAUGGGGAUCAUGUACAAACACGCCUACUCUCUGACUGCAAUAGAGAAGGUGAAGACGGCAAACGGCACCCAGGAACUGAUCCGAAUCCUAAAUCCCUGGGGCGACACUGAGUGGGAGGGGCCCUGGAGUGACUUGAAAGGUCCAGAGUGGAACACAGUGAGCAUCGAGGAGCAAAAAAGACUGGGUGUAGUCAGACGGGAGGACGGAGAGUUCUGGAUGUCGGUGUCAGACUUCCGACAGCACUUUGAGUUGAUGGAGGUGUGUCACCUGACUGACGGUCUCAGUGAUCAGGGGUCCAGCGUGCUGCCGUGGUGCUGCACAAUGCAUCAUGGGAACUGGGUGCCACGCAUCUCAGCAGGGGGUCCUCCCUCAGGGCGUUUGUUCUGGCAGAACCCUCAGUUCUACUUCACCCUGUCGGAGGUGGACAGUGGCGCAGACGAGUCUCAGAAGACCUGCUCCUUUAUUUUGGCUCUGUUGCAGAAACACCAGAGACUCAGGGGUGUUGACCUGUCCAUAGCCCUGGAUAUAUACCUGGCCAAUCCUAAUACAACAUACCUGUCACCUGAGGACUUGAGUGUGCUCCAACCAGUCCUCUGCACCUCCCAAUACUCCUCACGUCGAGAGGUCGUCCUUCGCGGCUCCCUUCCACCAGGCCACUACAUCAUCAUCCCUUCAACCUGCAAGGCCAAUCAGCAGGGAGCAUUUCUCCUGCGGGUGCUGACAGAGCCGGGUAACACUGCCAUUCCAGCCAGCAAACCAUCGCCACAUGACAUCUCUUCAGGAAAAGAGCUUACAUACCCUCACCGGGCUGCUCUUCCUUCACUUGCAACCAUCAGACAUCUGUUCAAGAAGCACUGCAACAAGAAAAACCAUUGCAAACCAGUGCACCUCCACAACCUGCUGACUGAAGCCUUACAGGGAGGAGUGUUGGCCGGCAGUGAGAAGUACUUGGCUCUGGAGCACUGCAAGAGCCUGGUGGUCCUCAUGGAUAAUACCGGCAACGCUCGGCUGAACUGGGAUGAGUUCCAGAGUCUGUGGGACAAGAUCAGGAGGUGGACGGAUAUCUUCCUGGUGUAUGACAAGAACAAAACAAACCACCUCGAGUAUAAAGAGGUCGCCCCCGCUCUGAACGCAGCAGGCAUUGUAGUGGAUGAUUUGGUAAUGCAGCUGGUCGGACUGAGAUACACAGAGCUGGACAUGACCAUCAGUUACCCCGGCUUCCUGUACCUGCUGAUGAAACUGGAGAGCAUGAUCCAAGUAUUUCAAGCAUAUGACAUGGCGGGUAUGGGACGAAUAACUCUCGACUACAAACGGUGGCUCCACAUGACCAUGUACAACUGACCUGGUCCACUCUGAUGGAUUCUUCAGGAUUUGCUUCGUUAAAGGGAUAGUUUGACAUUUUGGCAAAUUUGCCUAUUGCCGUAAUCCCUAUAGUCAUAUGAGUAGGU